AGAGCCGAGGUCCAUUAACUAACACAUCGUUUAGUUGAAACCAGAAAGAGUAGGAGAGGGAAGAGCUAGCGUGAGUUUAUAAUCGUUUGUGGUUUGUGAGAAUGGCAGGAAUUUUGCAAAAGAUCGAGGGCGCCCUUCACAUCGGAGGGAACAAGGAAGAAGACAAGAAUAAGCACCCGGUGGAGGAUCAGUACCACCAGGAGAAGGAGAAGGAGAAGGAGAAGGGGGGGUUCAUGGACAAAGUGAAAGACAAGAUCCAUGGAGGAGAGAAUCAAGAGGGAAAGUACCCAGUGGAUCAGCAAAAGUACCCGGAGGAUCAGUACAACCAGGAGAAGGAGAAGGGAGGGUUCAUGGAGAAAGUGAAGGAGAAGAUCCAUGGAGGAGAGAAUGAAGAGGGCAAGGAGGGGGAGAAGAAGAAGAAGGAGAAGAAGAAAAAGAAGGACGGCGAACACGACGAAGACGGCCAUAGCAGCAGCAGCGACAGCGACAGCGACUAGAUCCCUCUCCGGUCUCCAUACCCACCACUCUCAUCAUGAUUUACGUAUAGG